CGUGGAGGGAACCUUAUGGGCAGCCGUCUCCUACGAGGUAUCCUGACACGGUGGCCGCUGCGGUCAGUUCUCCAAGCCCAGCACUGCAUGCUCGCUCCAGAGUCCGGCCCGCCCCCUAAAAGGCCUUGCAACAGCCCCAUGGCGCCGCCGCGAAUCGGCACGCACAAUGGCACCUUCCACUGCGACGAGGCUCUGGCCUGCGCGCUGCUCCGCCUGCUGCCGGAGUACAGGGACGCAGAGAUUGUGCGGACGCGGGAUCCCGAAAAACUGGCCUCGUGUGACAUCGUGGUGGAUGUGGGUGGCGAGUACAACCCGCAGACGCACCGUUACGACCACCACCAGAGGACUUUCACAGAGACCAUGAGUUCCUUGUGCCCUGGGAAGCCAUGGCAGACUAAGCUGAGCAGUGCGGGGCUUGUCUAUCUGCACUUCGGCCAUAAGCUGCUAGCCCAGCUGCUGGGCACUGGGGAAGAGGACAGCGUGGUGGACACCGUCUAUGACAAGAUGUACGAGAACUUCGUGGAGGAGGUAGAUGCUGUGGACAAUGGCAUCUCUCAGUGGGAAGAGGGGGAGCCUCGAUACGCCCUGACCACUACACUCAGUGCCCGGGUUGCUCGGCUCAAUCCCACUUGGAACCAGCCCAACCAAGACACUGAGGCAGGGUUCCGGUGUGCAAUGGAUCUGGUACAAGAGGAAUUUCUGCAGAGACUAAAUUUUUACCAGCACAGCUGGCUGCCAGCCCGGGCCUUGGUAGAGGAGGCCCUGGCCCAGCGGUUCCAGGUGGACUCAAGUGGGGAGAUAGUGGAACUGUCGAAGGGCGGGUGCCCUUGGAAGGAGCAUCUGUUCCACCUAGAAUCUGCCUUGUCCCCCCCAGUCGCCAUCACCUUUGUCAUCUACACUGACCAGGCCGGAAAGUGGCGAGUCCAGUGUGUACCCAAGGAGCCUCACUCAUUCCAAAGCCGACUGCCCCUACCAGAGCCAUGGCGGGGACUUCGGGAUGAGGCCCUGGACCAAGCCAGCGGGAUCCCUGGCUGUAUCUUCGUCCACGCCAGUGGCUUCAUUGGUGGGCACCACACUCGAGAGGGUGCCCUGAACAUGGCCCGUGCCACUCUUGCCCAGCGCCCAGCACCCAUGCCUCUUGCGAAUGCUGUAGUCCAAUAAAAUGUGUUCACCUCUGACUGACCCAGUACCUUAUCCACCAACCUGGGAAUUUCCUCAGACCUGGUGAGUGCAGCAUCCCAUGUGCAGGACCCUCUGCCCGGCAUCUCCUUGCUGCUUCUCAGCUUUGCUUUUUAAAUCAUUUGACAACCAUCUCAUGGGACGGAGAGGUGGCUCAGUAA